GGAAAUGGAACGCUUCGCUGAUGAGGCAGACGUUGUCAUUGUUGGUGGCGGACCAGCCUGCCUGUCAGCAGCCAUCCGGCUGAAGCAGCUGGCCAAUCGGCAUGAGAAGGAGCUGCGGGUUUGUGUGGUGGAGAAGGCAUCUCAGAUCGGAGCUCACACGUUAUCUGGAGCCUGUCUAGAGGCUACUGCUCUCAAUGAGCUUAUUCCAGACUGGAAGGAGAGAGGGGCUCCACUGAACACUCCAGUUACAGAGGACAAGUUUUCCAUUUUGACAGAAAAAUACCGCAUUCCCGUUCCAAUAUUGCCUGGACUUCCAAUGAAUAACCAUGGAAAUUACCUAGUUCGUCUGGGCAAUUUUGUACGCUGGCUUGGUGAGCAGGCAGAGGAGCUGGGAGUGGAGCUGUAUCCAGGCUACGCUGCAGCUGAGGUGCUGUUUCAUGAGGAUGGAAGUGUGAAGGGAAUUGCAACCAAUGAUGUUGGUAUUGGUAAAGAUGGCUCUCCAAAGGAUGUGUUUGAAAGAGGCAUGGAGCUCCACGCUAAGGUCACUCUGUUUGGGGAAGGCUGCCACGGACAUCUGGCCAAGCAACUCUACAAGCAGUUCAAUCUCAGGGAGAACUGUGAACCGCAGACGUAUGCUAUCGGUCUCAAAGAGCUUUGGGUUAUUGAUGAGAAGAAGUGGCGCCCAGGACGGGCAGAGCACUCGGUUGGCUGGCCUCUGAACAGGAACACAUACGGAGGCUCCUUCCUGUACCACCUCAAUGAGGGAGAACCACUGGUGGCCCUGGGAUUUGUUGUAGGUUUGGACUAUACUAAUCCUUACCUGAGCCCGUUCAGGGAAUUCCAGCGUUGGAAACAUCACCCCUCUUUAAUGUCUACCCUGGAGGGUGGCAACAGGAUAGCAUAUGGAGCCAGAGCCCUCAACGAAGGAGGUUUCCAGUCGAUUCCUAAACUGACGUUCCCAGGCGGCAUGCUGAUAGGGUGUAGUCCGGGCUUCAUGAACGUGCCCAAGAUCAAAGGCACACACACAGCCAUGAAGAGUGGCAUGUUGGCAGCCGAGACUGCCUUCAACAGAAUCACAGAUGAGAAUCUGCAGUCAGAAACAGCAGGUCUCUAUAUUCCUGAAUAUGAGGAAGCUUUGGAAAAGACCUGGAUCUGGAAGGAGUUGUAUGCUGUGAGGAACAUCAGACCAUCUUUCCAUAACUACUUUGGGCUCUACGGAGGGAUGUUGUACACUGGAAUAUUCUACUGGUUUUUGAGAGGAAAAGAACCAUGGACUCUGAAACAUAAUGGUCUGGACUCUGCUCAGCUGAAGCCAGCUAAGGACUGUGCACCCAUCGAGUAUCCGAAGCCUGAUGGGAAGAUCAGCUUUGAUCUGUUGUCAUCUGUAGCCUUGAGCGGGACCAAUCAUGAGCAUGACCAGCUGCCCCAUCUGACGCUGAAAGAUGACAGUGUUCCUGUGGCCCAAAACCUUGCAGUUUAAGACGGCCCAGAGCAGAGGUUCUGUCCUGCUGGUGUAUACGAGUAUGUUCCUCUAGAGACAGGCGAUGGCAUGAGAUUACAGAUCAACGCACAGAACUGUGUCCACUGUAAGACCUGU